GUCGCGUGUGCAUUCAAAAAAUCAACAACUACACGCCACAGACACCCUCAAAACCACUCCAAGGACUAGUGUUUCAGUGUUUGUGCUAUCAAAAAUUGGACUAAAACGUUUCAACGGUGAAAAGAUAUCUGGUCGAAUCCGGUUUUAUCUGGAUAAGGCCGCUUCUAACCAACCAAGCCGUGGUGGAGUCGAGCAUGGGCGGAGAUGGCAUGGCGUAGUGGUGAGAUGGCCGCGCCGCGGGUCGCGCCGGUUUUUGCACUGCUCGCCACUCUGCUGGUGCCGACGACCGCGCGGGCGCCCACCCAGGACCCGGCGCAGUUCGAAGCCGCAUUCCAAGGAAGGUGCGGCGAAGGUAGCCCAUGCGAGCAACUCUGCAGAGAACUCCACGACGGUACAUACGAAUGUGGAUGUGGACCUGGCUACGUGCUCCAAGUCGACGGCUACGGCUGCCUAGAAUUAAACUCAACUAGAACAACAACAACAAGUUUGGAUGCGGAAGAAGAUAUACUAUACCAGAAAGACGUUUCUUUCUCGGCUGAACUAGAGUUAGCACCGUCCAGUAGAUAUAAGCCUACAUUAAGCAAUACACAUAUCGAAGAUUCGAACAGUCUAACAACACUGCCGAUGAUUAAAAACAAUAAUUACACAGUAACCGGGGAGAUUUCUAAGCUGAACGACGGCUUGAAGAGUUUAAUCGAAGACGGAAUCAGUAGAGCGGAUAUUAAUAUCAUAGCUGACGAUGAGAGGGAAAAAGAAGACCCAAAGGAAUACACGACGCUUGGCCCCAAUCUAGAGCAGAAGGUGCCAGGCGGAACAGGCUCCCCAGCCUGGACUGCUGCAGUCGAGACCUGCAAAUGCGACAGCUGCACGGAAGGAAGGUGUUUAUGCCACCUCAACCCUGGAAGGUGUAAACCAGAUCUGAACGUAUCGACACCGCGUUUCUCGGGAGCUUCUUGGAUAGCUUUUCAAGCUCUGCGCGGUGCUUACAAGCGGGUCAGGGCGCGGCUGCGAGUCCGACCCGAGCGUGCCAGGGGCGUUUUGCUGCUUACCGGCGAGCACGACGACCUGUCCGGCGACUACCUGGCACUCCUACUGAGGAACGGACACGUGGAACUGAGGUUCGACUGUGGGAGCGGCGCUGGUGUGCUCCGGUCACCAGAGCCGGUCCGUCUCGGACGUUGGAACACCAUAUCGAUCUACCGCCACCGAUGGGACGCCUGGUUGAGGCUCAACAGUGGCAAGAGAGUUCGGGGACGAUCGAAGGGUCUGUUCUCCCGCAUGACGUUCCGGGAGCCGGUGUGGCUGGGCGGGACGGGCAACACGACCGGGCUUCAGAACAAGCUCGGCCUCUCUGAAGGUCUCCUCGGCUGCGUCGACUUCUUGCGCGUGAACGGUGACACGUACCGCCUGGUCAAAGACUCCGUCGCCACUCUGGAUAUCAGUGAAUGCGCGCCAACUUUAGCGCCAUGGAGGCCCACAAACGAAGCCACCACGAUACGAGUCUCGAAACACAGCAACGACGUUCAAACACGAGCUAUUUACGACAUUAAUGACAUUGUACACUUCGAGGACAACGACCUCGUUAUGAGAGAUCCCGAAACGCACCCCCGAGAUCAGAACACACUUGAUAACUCCGUUGUUCCAUCGCUCUACGAUUAUACAACCAAAAUACACACUAAAACCAAUAUUCUGAACGAUAAAUUAGCGGCUGGUAAUGAAAACGAUAUAAAAAGUGACGGGAUUAAAACGAUAAAAGAAGAUAAUGAUAAUUGCGAGUGUCAUCAUGGCGGCGGCUGCGUCAAUGGUGUUUGCCUGUGUCCAUUAGGGUACGCGGGUGUCAAAUGUGAAAUCACAUUGGAUUUGAAGGUGCCUCGCUUCAACGGGUCGUCGUAUCUCCGGCUGCCAGGCCUCGGGAACUCGGCUCAGUCCUGGCUCGACAUUCAGCUAACACUGAAGCCCACAAACGGGGACGGUCUGGUGCUGUACGACUCGGAACGCGCGAGCGGCGAUGGAGAUUUCUUCUCGUUACACCUGAGGGACUACUUCGUGGAGUUUGCCUUCGAUCUGGGCUCAGGAAUCGCUCUCGUAAGAUCGGCGUUCCCGUUGAAGCCUAAUGAAUGGCACCGGGUGUCCGUCAGCCGGUCGGGGAGACACGCGACCCUCCGGGUGAGGACCGCGCUCGGAGUGACGUCACGCGCUGUGACGUCACGCGGCACGUCCAGACGUCUCACGAUGCACCAGCCGAUGCUGCUGGGGGGCGCCCCCCACCCCAUUCCGCCGAGGUUGGCUCUGCGGAAAAGUUUCAGCGGAUGCAUUGGACAGUUGGUGAUAAACGAUGAGGAGCUAUCGGUGGUCGCAUCGGCUCUCGGCGGUCUCAACGUGGACAAUUGUGACGAGCCUCACAACAAUACGUGCACAGACCGAAAGCUGUGCGAGGAAACAUUAGACCCGAUGCCGGUGUACCCGCGGAACGAGACAGAAAUGGACGUACGCCAUUCGAUAGUCGCAAAGAAGGGCUUCAAAUUGAAAACGCACAAAACGAAGCCGAAGAAACGUAGUCGGGCCCGCGAGGCUUACAAGACCAAGUACUCCGUCAAGAAGCACGACUACUACACUAAAGGGGGCGAGGUGCUGUCCGCGGGCGACACGUACAUGCAAGUCAAGUACUUGAAUGCGAACGAAAUUAAUUGGGGGGACACGAACUCGUACCCAAGCUUCAGUGGCGUUGACAGCUUCAUACACAUCGAUGACGACGAGACCAUGAAAAGAUUACUGAGCUACACGCUCGACAUAAACAUCCGCUUCCGAUCGGUGACGUCAGACGGCCUGCUGGUGUGGAGCGGCCGCUCGCCCCUCUCCUCCCCGGGAGACUUCCUCUCGCUCGCCGUCGAGAGCUCCGUGCUCGUCUUCAGAUACGACUUGGGCAGUGGCGAGGUGGUCAUCAUAGCGAACCGCACCAAAGUUGACGACGGCUUGUGGCACAGAGCGCGAGCUACAAGGAACCGCCAGGCAGGCGUGCUGGAGGUGGACGGCUUGGGGUCGGUCGGGAACAUAUCGCCCGGGAAACACAAACAGCUCAACACCGAGAACGGUUUGUAUAUAGGUGGCUUACCGUCGAUAGAGGUCAACACUAAAGGUAAAUACAAGAGCGGUUUGGUCGGUUGCGUCUCACAGAUAUCUUUGAGUGGUGACUUUGACAUUCCGCUUUCACUGUCAAAACUCCCGCACACCAUUACGAACAAUGUCGGCAGAUGCGCUCCGUGAAAAGAGCUAUGAUUUUAAUUUAAAUAAAAUAAGAAUGUGGGUUAGAUUUUCUUUCAACUGUGAGAAAUAUGUGUUACGGAUUUUUUGAGCGUCCGUCAGCGUAAUCGUUUAUCGAUCGGUCAGCAUUGUGCUGACGAAUGCUUGUUAGUUUGUUUUAUUUUUUUAAGACAGCGACCAAAUCCCAAUUACCGCUAGUAACAUAUCAGAUUAAUGUAACAUUGCAACUUAGGUUUUUUUUAUAUAAAAAGUGAUUGUUCUAAAAAUAACUUGUAUAAAUGAGUCGAUUAGAUUUAACGGCAGUAAUGCUUGUUUUGUUAUCACACAUAGAUUGUUUAAUUACUGUACUCACUGUUUUCUGUUAACGAUUUUUUUUAUUUUAUUAAAAAUAAUUUUAAUCUUGAGGUGUCAGUGAUUAUGGUCGAAUUUCGAUCAGCAAUCAAACACUGAGUAACAAUGUUUGGGGAAUAAAGCAUAUAUUUAGUUUCAGUCGUGUGAAUAAAAAUAGGCAUCCUAAUCUAAUAAUAAAAUUUUGGUUUAUAAAAAUCCCAAAAACCUGUUAAGAUAUAUAUUUAUUCCUUCCUAUUUCUCACGGUCUCUAAACAGAGAUAAUACAAAAAAAAUUGGUUCGCCAGUGUUGCCACUGUUUUAACAAUCACAAUAUUUCAAUAGUGGAUUCGAAGUUCAAAGUUUUAACAAAUUU